CUGACUGUCACUUUUAUAGAAUAUCCCAUCGCUAAUCCGUUUCUGCUUCUUCAUGUUCAAGACACAUGGCCCGGCACGAAUAAUUAUUUGUUUAUUUCCUACAAAUAAACAUGAGCGCAAAAUGUGAUGAGCAAAUUCUUAAAGAAAUUCAAAUGAGUUUUAAACUAACCGAAAAUCGCAAAGUCAAAUCACAUACAUCGGCCGCAAUAGCAAAUACCUGGCAACCAGUUAAUCGUAAGCCAAAAGUUGGUCUUUUCAAUACACAGGGAAACAUAGAUAAACCAACGGAAAAUCAAAAGCUUCCAAAGGGAGUUGAAAAUGUUGAAGCUGUAAAUGGAAUCCGGAUUAAACUAACUUUGGGAUCUAAAAAAAUUGACGAGACAUCAUCAGCAAAUAAACAAAUGGGAAAGACAGCCAAAAACAAAGAAAAUUUUAAAUCUACUGCAAAUUCAGGGGAAUAUAUAAUGAAAAACAAACAAAAUAAAGCUGGGAUUGUAAAACGCAAAGCCAAAGCUAUUCCCGUGAAUGGAGUCAACAAACGGGCCAAACUAGAGAUGGUAUCCAAGGAAAAAUGGAAAAGUGCACCCAGUAGGAAAGAAAUAGCCGUAAAAAAGUCACAGAAAGUAAUUGAUGCCAAAAAGACGACAAGUUCGAUGCCAACUAAAGGAAAUAAGAAAAAAAAUGUUAGAGCUACAGAACUGAUAAAAAUAGAAAAUAAUAUUGAAGAUGAAGAUGAAGAUGAUGAACAUCUAAACGCUUCUGAAAUCGAGAGCGAAGAAUCAUGGGGCGAGGAGGAUUUAGAGUCUGAAUAUGACGAAUCAGAGUCUCAAUUUGACGAAUCAGAGUCUGAAUGUUCGUUGGAUAGUGAUGAGGAUUUCUUUAGAAAGCCACAAGUAUUUGAGUCAAGUCAAACUGGGCAAGUCUCAGUAGAGUGGGAGAAUGAUAUGGAACCGGAGGAAGAGGUACCGUGGCUUAUGGAACUGCCGAAAGUUCAGGCAGAGAUUACCAAAGUUUUGGUAUUCGAUGGAAUGAUGCCUGAACCAGAGCUCGAAACACAAAACUCUUCCGGGGAAACUGAGGGAAAGUAUUCUUUAACUGAAUCUAAUAACGAGGAUGAAUUUGACGAGGAACAGACGAUGGAAACGACUGCAGAAACUGAAGUUGAAGAGAUGCAAGAGCACAAUAUGGAUGCAAGUCCAGAAACUUCAAUUAAUACUGAAGAAGACGUUAAAGAUUGCAGCCAAUUGCAGCUACAGAAUGAGGCCAACAUGUAUGGAGUUCUGCCCGAAUUGAGUAUCUUUGAGAAUAGUUUUAAGACUAACAAUGUGCUGGCCGUUCUUAAACAGGACAUCGAGAUAUAUGGCACCAUUGUACUUACCUUGCUGUGCGGACGUAUUAUAAUCAAUGGCUAUAAGCCACGUCGCAAUGUUCCAUUAACCAUUUUUUCACCUAAAGGCUUCAACUGGGUUGUUAUUUCCCCCAUGUCGAACAAGAAGCCAAUCAAAGCUAAAAUUGAAUCAAGUUCAAAUUGGGAUGAAUUGAAUGAGAGUUUCUCACGUGGCCAGCUGGAUAACAUAGUGGCUAACUAUGACGGGCAGCGCGAUGCAAUUGUGUUGCUUCAGCGGAACAGUGGAUCACAACAUAUACUCAACAUCUUUGGCAAGCAUAUGGCGGAGAAUGUUUUUCCAUUGGUGAAUGCUUCCAAUCGUCCGCAUUAUGCUAGUGAAUAUAUCUUGAAUUGCUUAGUACAGAGCGCAGAUGCACGGCAAGCGCUGCAGGUGCCGACCGUGUGGACGAAGCUGGCGAUGGAACCAAGCAGUCGCUGGAUGGUGGCUGGCGGCAAAGGUGUGGGUAAAUCCACGUUGCUUCGGUAUAUGCUGAACAGACAUUUGGAACGCUUCGAGCGCAUGUUAUUCAUCGAUCUGGAUAUUGGGCAGCCAGAGCUGUUUUUGCCUCAAACGGUUUCGUGCACAGUCGUCGAUGCCCCACUGCUGGGAGCUGGUUUCUUCCUCAACAGACAGCCAGACCGAGCCUAUGCAGUUGGUCAUGUGAAUGUGGUAAUGUGCGCGGAGCAGUAUAUCCGAGCGGUGCGCCAGUUGCUGUUGCAUUGCAAGGCAAACAAAAGCUAUGCUGAAAUGCCUUGGGUAAUUAAUACGAUGGGCUAUAAUAAAGGCUUUGGUCUGGAGCUGAUGGCUCUAUUAGUCGACUGUGUCCAGCCCACAGAUGUGGUGCAAAUAUCUAGCCAUAAGGUCGUCAAUAAUUUCGACACAUCACUCGAUCGAGUAUCGCUGUCGAAGGUACGACCCAUUAUCUACACAGCUGAUGAGUUUAAGCUUAGCGGAGAAUUGUCCAACUACACUUUGCAUAAUCUGCGUAGUGCGUUGCCGCAGCUACAGCCAGAUGAGCGUCGUUGGAGGAUGAGCGCCAAGGAUGUGCGCUAUGCCAAUUUGUUGGCACGCCUAAGCAGUGCGCUGCAUGGCAAUGCGAAAUACUUGACCGAUUGUCAGCCUGUGAAGGUUGAUCUGGAUGCGUUGGAGCUUGUGCAUCUCAUCUCCAAGGAGUAUGAACGGGAGGAGCUUAUAGCUGGAAUGGAGGCCAAUUUGGUUUAUCUAUGCAAGCGUGGAAUGGAUGAUCAACCUAAGGAGUGUCUAGGCAUUGGUGUUGUUCGCGCCAUUGAUUAUGAGUCGAAGAAGCUAUACCUAGUCCCAGCUAUGCCUCUAGAACGGCUUUCACAGGUCAACAGCUUGGUGCUUGGCGGCGAUAUGUGCUUGCCGCAAGGCUUCUUCAAGAAUCAAGGUGCCGGCGUAGCUAACAAUGUCCCUUUUGUGUUCAUUAUAGAUGACAACAGGUCUUCUAAGAGCAUACAACAGAUCUACUUUCGUGCACCAGGUUUCUUUCGCAAGCCAGCGAAAACAAAUAUCUAAAAGCAACAGACCCAAAAAAGCUUGUACAUUGUACAGUUGU